AACGCUAAUCGUGGUAGAUUUCCGUGAAUUACAUAUGGAUAAUUUUUCCACAUAAUGAUUGUAUAACAACAAACCAUAUAAUUUUCAGUAGACGGAGCAUUAAAGUGUUAAAAACCCAAUAAAUUAAUUAAAGUUCGCGGUGGCGCUCGAUUCCAAAUUCAAAUAUUUCCCUGUUUGACAAAUUCAUAUGUAUGUACAUAUGUGUAUUUGAUUGUGGAAACUACAGUGAAAUUAAAACUUGUACAAUCAUGAUUCACAUUCCCGUUUUGAAAGGUGUGAAUGAAGGUGUUCGCAAAUGUCGCGAAAUUUUACACAAAACUCUUCGGAUUUUUUUGAUUUCUCUUGUUCUUCUUUUAUGUCUGUUUCUAAACAAACUGAUAAAUCCAACUUUCGUGGAGUAUAUAAGUUCUGGUCAAUGUUGGGCUCAAGGCACUCAAGGAUUGACUUACCUUGAUAGCAGAACUCUACAGUGUGUAACAAUUAAAAAUUAUUUGUUGAAAAAUGAAUUACUUGCGCUUGACUACCGUGAACUGCGUCAUCAUCAUGUUAUUUGUGAUGGAACUCACUCCCAGCUGCGCUCAAUUGUUUUAUGACUUCAAUGGUUUCGAUUAUGCCAAUAAUGCUUUGGACCGACAUUUGCCUGCUGGUUACUACUACAUAAAUGAUGGCCGUAUCGUCCCCGUAAGCAGUGACACACGACGCAAGGAUUUUGAAUAUGGUGGCAGUAAUUACGUCUAUUACUCACCGGUCGUGCGCGUCAAACAUCAAAAGACAAAGAAGAAGUUAUUUGUGCCAAACUUAUUUGGUUAAACGUAGGAAGAAUAGAACGUGCGAUGCUGAGAAUACAGACUGAUCUCUCUAAACUUAAAUGUGUGUAUUAUAAAACUAUAUAAAUUGUACAUAUCAAUGUUUAACGUAUUAUAUUAGCAUAAGUCUAAAUUUAGUAAGGAAAAACUCAUACAAAUAAAGGAAAAAAUUUAUACAUAAGUAUA